CUCCGUCUGGAAGAAAAUACCAUGGCACACUGAUCUCAAUGGGACAGCGGAUUGACCACGUUGCAAUCGAAAUGCCGAAGGAGCUACAUGUUUCUCAUCAGCGAGUCAAAGUUUUCCAAGGUUUCUGCCCAUAGCUUACCUCAACAAAAAUUAUUCAACACCAUUGUCGCGAGAUUUUACCCCAGACACUGAUGCCUUCCGUAACCAAAGACCAACUCCAGCGUCGACUCCCUCACCUUAAACUUCUCCGGGGACGCUUCCAGCCACCUCACUGGCCGGAAUUGAUCUGCGUUUUGACCCCACACAUCUUUAUCCCGAACGACUCCAAAGAUUCCCCAGCCGAUUUUCGUCCCUCCAGGUACGAAUUUGCCGUGAUUCCAUCCCCGCAGGGUGGCACCUUCUUGGGUAAGAGUUCUACAACUGGAGGAUGGAUGCGGAGUCCUUCUUUGAGAACUGCCUGGAGUUAUGGGAGUUGGCGUGCUUCUGAGACCUUGAUAGAAGAAGAGAUGGGAUUGCUUGAAAACUCUUUGCGGAGCUUGGCAGUUAUGCGAGAAUUUAUUACCAAGUGCAGCAUGGUGGUGCGGAUUACGGUGGCAGUGGUGUCAGAACCAGCGAUGCUGAAAUCAUUAGCCUGUUGUUUUGGAAGACGUGUGUGAAAGCUAUACUUCUGAACAACUAUCUCUGACUCAGCAUCUUCUUGAUUAAGCCCAUGGGCGAUAAAGGAACCCAGCAUGUUUUUCU